AUGAACGACCUCCCGAUACGCUGCCUGCGCCGAUUGGCCAUGAGCGGCCGGCCGACGGUGACCAUGGCAGCCUCUGCGACGUCGUUCCUGGGCGCCCGGGCGGCGUCCACGUUCAAGCGCUUCCACCGGCCCAACAUGGAGCUGACCAAGUUUCCCGACGGCCACGGCGAGCAGAUCUGGAUCUUUGACAACAUUGCGACAAACCAGGUGGUGUACUCGCACACGCCUAUCUUGCGGAACAAUCGGGCCCUUCGGCAGCUGCCCUUCAACGGCAAGCAGACCAAGCCGGUCAAGCUUCGCAAAGACUACUGGCGGCCGCUCGCGCUGAUCCAGUUUGACGCCGGCGCCGGCGUUGUCGGCCGCUCCGUCUUCCAGAAGCUGCGCGAGUUCCGCCGCCUGCACGAGCUCUCGUGGGGCCACCAGGCCUCCGACCUCUACGCCAUGGACCGCAAGGCCCGCGGCGCUGCCCUCUGUGACCAGCGCGCCAACAGCAUCGCCGACAUGGCUGCCGUCCUCGCCGGCGCUGGCCACGGUAACCGCAUCCGGCUGUCGGCCGACAAGGACCAGGCUGCAGCCUCUACGGCGCCGGCCACCCUCACCGAGGCCACCGUUUUCUGGGCCAACGACGCCGACAUCCAGACCGCAGAGUCCUGGUCCAAAAACGUCGUCCACGUCGCCGGCAUCCCGACGCUGAAGGCGGCACCGGAAACGGUGGAAACAGCUUGA